AUGGCUCCCCGCGUCGCAAUUGUCUUUUAUUCGCUCUAUGGCCAUAUUCAGAAGCUGGCCGAGGCUGAGCUGAAAGGCAUUAUCGGGGCUGGCGGUAACGCCGAUAUUUACCAGAUCGAAGAGACUCUUUCGGAGGACAUUCUCAAAAAAAUGCACGCCCCGCCAAAGUCUUCUUACCCGAAAAUCGAUGUCCACAAACUACUUGAGUACGAUGCAGUUCUAUUUGGCAUUCCAACCCGCUACGGCAACUUCCCUGCUCAGUGGAAGGCAUUCUGGGAUAGAACUGGUUCUAUCUGGGCCUCGGGUGGCUACUGGGGAAAAUACGCUGGGCUUUUUAUUUCAACUGGUACUCAAGGCGGAGGGCAGGAGUCAACUGCUCUCUCCUCUAUGAGCACUCUGGCCCAUCAUGGAUUUAUCUACGUUCCCUUGGGAUAUAAGAAUGUGUUCCCACUGCUAGCAAACCUUGAAGAAAUCCAUGGUGGAUCCCCAUGGGGGGCUGGCACUUUUGCAGGUGCGGAUGGUAGUCGUCAACCAACUUCUUUGGAGCUUGAGAUUGCCGAGAAUCAGGGCAAGGAUUUUUGGGGAGCUGUUUCUAAGGUUCAAACAUAG